GCUAAAAAAAGGAGUAUCCUCUCUCUCUCUCUCCCUCCCUCGCCCCCUCUUUCUCUCUCUAGAUGAUUGGGUAGAAGUGUUUGGAUCCAUCUCCACACAGCAACAACCUUAAUCAGCAUAUCCUACGAAAGAAAGCUAGCUAGUUAAGGUUAAUUAAUUGGUGGUAAAAAUGGUGAGAACAAAGAUAGAGAUAAAGAAGAUAGACAACUUGACGGCAAGACAAGUGACGUUCUCGAAGAGAAGACGAGGGCUUUUCAAGAAAGCUCAGGAGCUUUCCACUCUCUGCGACGUCGAUAUUGGCCUCAUCGUCUUCUCCGCCACCGGAAAACUCUGCCACUAUUCAAACUCCAAUAUGGAGGAAGUGAUUACAAGGCAUAGCAUGCACAUAGAGAAAGUUGAGUGUGUGGAGCAUCAGCCAUCUCCCAGUCUCCAGCGAGAGAGUAUAACUUAUGCGGGGCUGGCUAAGGAAUUUACAGAGAAGAGUCGGGAAUUGAGGCAACUCAAUGGAGAAGAUCUCCAAGAACUUGGCAUGGCCGAAUUGAUAAAAUUGGAGAAAAUGGUCGAGGGAGGGUUGAGUCGCAUCAUGAGAAAGAAGGGAGAUAUUUUACUGUCAGAAAUCAAUGCUCUAAAGAAAAAGGAAGCUAAACUGAUGGAAGAGAAUGCACAGUUGAAACAGCGAUCUGAGAUUGGCGUUCAAGGAGGACCACCAUACUCGUCGGAAUCAGUCACAAAUGGCUGCUGCUUAUUCCCUGACAAACUCCAGGAUCAUUAUAAAAGCUCUGAUACUUCUCUCAAGUUGGGCUUACCUUUCCCGGACUGAGGUUUGAAGAGGGAUUGAAGAUCGCUAGCUGCAGCUUCUGCAUUUACUUAUUCGACGUAGUAUAUAUAUAAAUAUGUAAUUAUCAUGAUGAUGAUGAUGAUGAUGAUGAUGAGGACGACUCCAUUAAUUAUGUUGGAGGACCUUAGGAUUAUUUAUGGUAUCUAUUUAGCUAGCCAGGAAAAUAUAAUGUUUUGUACUCAACCCAGAAUAAUACAUUGGUUGGGAAUUAACUGGGAUGGGCAGCAUGCAAUUACCAGUUUGAUUCAAUU